AUGAAUACCUUUUUCACGGUUUUACUAAUUUUAUGUUUGAACUAUUCGGCUCUAACAGCAUUUACAUGCACACCCAACUCACAAUAUUAUGUUGAAUGUACAACAUUGAGUACAUUCAAUGAAUCGAACAACUUUUGUUCCAAAUAUGGAAUGACGCUAUUGAAUUUAACGAAUUCGACCACCAUAGCUCCAAAUAUCAAUCAAACGCUUGUAGCAAUCAAUUGUACAAAUAAUUUCUGGUACACAAUGAAUGAUGGCGCUCCUCUUCUUGGCAAUAUUGGCUCCUUAACUGGUGGUGUCCUAUGCACAGUCAUUCCUCUUCUCGGUCUUUAUUGCAUUUCAACAUCCGCCACCUAUGCAGCAACGGUGUGUUAUCGAACGCAACAAUUGAGUAUUCAACAGCGAUGUGUGGAUACUGAUCCGUAUCAACGUUAUGAUCUUAAAAAAUCGAAAUAUACACAGACACUCAUGUACGCAUCACCCUAUCAAGUCUCUCAAGUGAAUAGUCAAUCUCAAUGUAAUGCACUCUGUUCAAAUGUUGGCCGCUGCCUCGGUGUAACAUAUAAGAAAUAUAACUGUACACUCUAUAUUUAA